AUGGCCACCGAAAACUGUGACGUCCGUCGUCCCUUCAUCUGCAUGUAUGAGGCGGAUAGUAAUGUUCUCCUGGUAAAGGAAAACAAGAGCUGGGAGGAGGCGCUGGAACACUGUCGAAACCUCAGCAACAGUGGCUUUCGCUACGAUCUGGUCAGCGUUCAACCUGGAGACGAACACGAGGACGCAAUGAGCAAGGCCAUGGAGGCUGACACGGAGGAGGUGUGGACCAGCCUGCGUUUCCUGGGUGAUGAGUGGCUGUGGGUGAACGGGGAAAGUACGAUGUACAGCGACCUGCCUACCUGUCCCAUGCUGGAGCAGCGCUGCGGGGCUUUAUCCAAGAACACCAGCAGUCUGGAGACCAGAGACUGUUCAGAGAGGAAAAACUUUCUCUGUUACCGUUUCAUAUUUUAA